CUCUCAUUUGCCUUCGAUAGCCAUCAACAUACGGAAGUCCUCAAGUCUUUGAUACAGUGUAAAGUUGACACAGACAUCAAAUAAUAAAUAGUUUUCGAGAAAAGCUACAAAGCGGUGAAAGGCAUCAAGAUGAACUCGAGUACACACAGCAGCAGUCUCGUGAUCUUUCUCGGCACUCUGGCGAUGUUGAUGAUAUCUGCUAGCACGGCGCCUAUGGAGUCCGAUGACGAACAACAAGAGAACACGUUGGUGGCUCGGCCUGAAGACGUUGGAGAUCUUUCAGUGCCCUGGGAGGCCCUUAACACCGCUGCACUCCGCAAGUUGCUGCUGCAACUCGACGCUGAUGACAGAUUCAGCAUGAGCCCGCGCGUAGGUCGCUCGUGGCCGCAAGGGGAGCCCCGUGGCUGGGGUCUCCGCACCAUGGAUGGAAGGAUCGCUCGGCAGUGGCGCGCGGACAAGCGGCAGGUUCGCUUCCGACAGUGCUACUUCAACCCCAUCUCUUGCUUCCGCAAGUGAACCGCUGACCCGUUUACGACACACCACUCAUACAUUAAUGUUUACUACAAUAAACCACUUUACUUUGAUUAUACUAACAUAUUUAUUUUCCAUUUAAAUUUUAUUUAUACAUUUUUAUAUAUAUAAUAGUAAUUUUCUUGCGAUUGGAUGCUAGUGUAACUAUCAAAGCGAAGCUUGACAGACUUCACCAGUUAUAGUAUACGAUAAAUUCAUAAUUGAACUUCUAAGACUAGCGUAUCUCCUUAAACGUAAUUCAGCACAAACUCCUCGAAUUUGACACAAUUUUAGAUUUACCUGUAACUCUGCAGUCAUUUAUACCAAAGCUGUUUAAAAUAGAGAUUUAAUUUCUACGGAGGUGCCAAACGUUGCGAAUUACGUAUAUUUUCGUAAAAUAUUUGGUAUUUUAUUUUCCAGCAAUUUAGAAUAAGAGAAGUAUUACUGUUGUUAAUUAAACGCCUAGUCAAAUAUUUUUGAAAUUGUCUAUAGGUAUAUGUAUUUUAAGAUUACAUGUUUAAGGCACAGGUAAGCUGUCUUAAUUUAUAGUUCUGUUUAUAUAAAAUAAAACCUUCCUCUGUUAUAUUACUUUUCUAAAUAAAAUCAACCUUUUCUACUAUUAUACCACAGUUCUACUAAAUCUCAUAUAGUAAGUAUAU